AUGCGACAACAGGUAGCCUCGCAAGUUCCAAGAGCCGUAAUGCAUUCUGGUAUGUCGAACAUAACAAGUACUGCAACAAAUGUUAGGUUCCAUCAAACAGCUCGCAAUGUCUCAGCUCAACCUACGCUUGUCCCAGCUGGAAGUAUGUCUACACUCUUACAACCUCUUGGCGAUCAGGGGCAACUAACAAUAAGCGCAUUGGCUCAACUGUCAGAAGAGGAUCAGAAAAGGACGCUCGGGGAACAUCUUUAUCCACGUAUCAAGGCAAUGUAUCCCAACUUAGCCAACAAGCUUACAGGAAUGCUUUUAGGAGUGGAUAACGCAGAGGUUAUAAAUCUUUUAGAAUCUGAAGACUUGCUACGCGCCAAGUGUGAAGAAGGCAUCAAUGUACUGAGAAGCAGCCAAAAUCAACAAGGUGACAUUGCAGAAGGUAGACAUACUUCUACAGGCCAGAAUGGUGAUGGCUCAACUGGAGCAGGGUCUAUGAAACCUGAAGAUUCCAAUAACUAA